AAAAUCCUCCCGUAUGGAGCCCAGAAUAUAAUAUCUUCAUCAUAUAAUAGGCCCAGAAGAUAUAUAGCAACUUACACUACUCAUAUAACAAAUAUUCAACAAGCUUCACACAACCUACCUAGCGAACAUGGGUUCUAUCUCAGUUGACGCCGCAUCGCUAGCAACAAGGCUCGAGGGGUUGAUAGAUGAAGUCCAAAAGAACUCUGAAUCGCUGAAAGAGGAUGACCGCCAGAGGCUUUUUGAUGCAACCAAGAGGUUAAGUUGGGCCUUGGAGACUCCGGGUGACACUGUUUAUAGGGUUAUUCAUGGACACCUUCAACUAGCAAUGGCAUUUAUUGGAGUUGACACGAAACUCUUCGACAUCCUCUCUAAAACGGACGGCACUGCCACCAUUGCGGAACUUGCGGGAAAAACAAAAAUGGACCCUGCUUUGUUAAAACGGCUACUGCGAUUUUAUCAAGCCUUCGGAUUUAUCUCCCAACGAGGGGAUGAUGCUUACGGUGCCACCAAUAUAACAAGAGCCAUGACGACUCCAAUAGCCGAAUGUGCACCUCGCCAAUUCAUGGAAGUCUUUAUCCCCGCGUAUGGUGCCCUCCCACAGUUCUUGAAGGAGACAAACUACGCCGAUGUUACCGAUAACAAGUAUAUCCCAUGGAAUAUCGGUCGGAAUACGGACAAGAACUUUUGGCAAUGGAUGGAGGAGCACCCAGCACAGAUGGAUGGGUUUCUAACGAUGAUGCGGACCCACCGACUGGGUCUCAGUACUCCUUUUGAUGUAUUGGACUUCGAGCAGGAACUAGCUCAGGGCGCGACUGAUUCAACCCCCCUAUUUGUCGACAUUGGUGGAGCUAUGGGUCACCAAUGUGUUGCUCUCAAGAAGAGAUAUCCGGGUAUACCUGGCCGUAUCAUCCUUCAAGAGCAGGAGGAGGUUGUUGAACGAGUGAAAAAAAGCCCACUCCCGGGUUGGGACGGUAUGGAAGCACAGGCCCAGAGCAUGUGGGAACCACAAACUUUGAAAGGGGCUCGUGGGUACUACCUACGUAACAUUCUCCAUGAUUACCCAGACCAUAAAGCUAUCGAAAUUCUACGGAAUGUUAGAGUCGGCAUGACAUCAGAGUCCAAAGUAUUGAUCGAUGAAAUGGUAGUCCCAGAACGUGGAGCGUCCUGGCGAGUUGCUGGACACGACCUUAUUAUGCUUACGUGUUUCGCUGCCCGUGAGCGGACACAGGCCGAGUGGGCCUCCAUUCUCGAUCAAGCUGGGCUUAAGAUACUUAAGCUGUCCGAGUACGCUAAGGUGACCUGUGACUCUAUUAUCGUGGCUGUCUUGAAAUAAUUGAUUGCUUGGCGAUAUUGCUCAUUCGUUGGCCCGACGAACACAAAGCAGGGAUGUGGUAACUGGCGAGUCGACGUGCCUUCGAUGGAAUUUUCUAUUCUUGGAGUUUGGAUUCCCCUCUCAAACGAUACCCAGUUAGUUAUUCGAUAUCAACUAUCGAAGUUAGCCAUGUCAUUGCCAUUGUCAACAAAGAUAUACCUUGAAAUCCUUGUAAAUUUCCGCGAAGCGCAUUCGGAUAUUCCAUAUCCUUAGUAUGGUAUUGAAUGGGCCUUUCAUUAAGAUUUUAUGGCUACCUACCUCGUAGCAGGUAGAUACCUAGAUAAAAAUAUGUCUAACUAAAAUAUAGACUACCUAGGUAGUUUCUUUCAAAGAACUCCCAUUACUCCCUUCUAUAG